GUUCUGUUUUUGUCCCACACAGUAGGUUGAGCUUUGGCACAUUAGACUGAGCCUGGCUUAACCUUAUGAGUUUAUUUUUGUAUGUGUUGUGAGCACCACCACUGGUUUGUUUGGGUCUAUUACUCCACCACGGAGCUACAUGACCCCGGCGAAUCCUCUGAUAUGGAUGCCGAGCUCAUAGCGGACCAUCAUGACAUAGCCAUGGACGACCUUAAUGGGCAGCCUCUCAAUGAUGCACGGAAGACUCCCCUUCAUCCUGACCUCUACUUGGAAGAUGGAGUCUCCAGCAUCGACUACGUUUUGGUUUCAAAGGAAAUUGAGACAGAGGACCAGGCGGAGCACGAGGAGAGAAGGGAGACCUUUGAGAAUAAUCUGAGAAAAGAAGGUUUAACCUUGGAAGUUGACUGUGUAGAAGAUGUACCCCUUAGGUUUGUUAAAAUUCAUGCUCCCUUUGAGGUUUGCACAAGAUAUGCUGAGAUCCUAAAAUUGCGUAUGCCAAUGAGAGAGUGCGACCCAGAAUUAAAGAAGAACUUUCUAGCAAAGGCAGGGGAGUUAUUUCAAGAAUUGUUUCCUGGUCUACCAGCCUUGGAAUUCACUCCCCCUGCGGUUUUCCAAGACAUGACAGACUGUGUCAGCAAAAUAUUCAACUUUGUGAGGCUUGACCGUAAUGUAUUCCCACCCAAGAAUAGACAUUUCACAGCCGUUUAUUCUAGAGAUAAAGAAUACUUGUUUGAUGUGACAGAGGAGUUCUUCACAGCUGCAGUUCGGGCUCGUAUCAUUGACUUCAUAUUGAGAAGAAAAAAGUUCAAUGAUUCAGAAAAUGAUGAUUUUGCUUUUGGCAUUGAGAAAAUGCUGAGUGAAUCUACAUAUGAGGCUGCAUAUCCGAUUCAUGAGGGUGAUCUUCAUGUGGAGGGAAAUGAUCGAUCACUUCUAUUCAAAAAUUGGGCUGCCCUUCGCAACUUUUACAAAUACCAGCCUUUGGAUUAUGUUAAGGAUUACUUUGGAGUGAAGAUUGGCCUUUACUUUGCCUGGCUGGGAUUUUACACAUACAUGUUGAUUCCAGCAUCCAUUGUGGGUCUUCUCUGCUUCAUCUAUGCUGUCUCAACCAUUAACGACCACAUGCCAAGCAACGACAUCUGCAACAAGAACCUGAACAUCUUCAUGUGCCCUUUGUGUGACAAGUUCUGUGACUUUUGGAAGCUGGAUGGUUUCUGUUUCCAUGCCAAGUUCACCUAUCUUGUUGACAAUCCAUCCACAAUCUUCUUUACUGCUUUCAUGUCUCUUUGGGCGGCUCUCUUCCUAGAGAUGUGGAAACGGUAUUCUGCAGAAAUCACCCAUCGAUGGGAUUUGACAGGUUUUGACAUUCAGGAAGAGCACCCAAGACCUCAGUACCUGGCCAGAUUAGCACACAUAAAGAAAAAGACAGUCAACAUUGUCACAAAAACUGUGGAGCCAAAACCCCCUUUCUGGAAAAUGAGGUUCCCUGGAAUCAUGAUCAGUUUGUCAUCGGUUGUCUUGCUGGUACUAAUGGCGCUGGUUGCUGUUAUUGCUGUCAUUCUGUACCGCAUGGCUGUGCUGGCAGCCCUGGCCAUCCAUGGGGAGUCAGUCAUCACAUCUUAUGCCAUUAUCUUCACGUCAACCACGGCUGCCUUCAUCAACUUGAUUUGCAUCAUGAUAUUCAACCAGAUAUAUGCACGUGUUGCUGAAAGACUGACAGAACUGACUCAGACAGAAUUUGAUGAUUCAAAACUCUCUACAUGCUCAUUCUAUUCAUCCAUCUUCUACAUAGCCUUCUUCAAGGGAAAAAUGGUUGGCUAUCCAGGGAAAUAUAAUCGUGUUUUUGGAUCAAGACAGGAAGAGUGCUCCCCUGGCGGCUGCUUGCUAGAACUCUCCGUCCAGCUGGCUAUCAUCAUGGUGGGCAAGCAAGCGAUGAACACUUGCAUGGAGAUGGUGAUCCCCAUGCUGUAUCCAGAUUACCGAAAUCCACCUGGGGCAAAAGAUCAGUAUGAUUAUGCACCAAUCUUUUGGCACAUUCUGGCUGCGAGAUUGGCUUUUGUAGUUGUAUUCGAGAAUGUUGUAUGUGUUAUCAUCUUGUUUAUCAAAUGGAUCAUCCCAGAUAUGCCGUACCGUCUGCAGGAACAAAUUCGAAGGGAAGCAUAUGUUACCAAUGAACUGAUUGUUGAGCAAGAGCUCCGGAGAGCAAGAGAAGCAAACACCACUGCCAGCUCCUCACCGCGCUCUCCCCUGCGGCGCCAGUACUCAGAGCCAGCAAGGAACAGAAAUGUCCAAGAUGUCCGCUUUAGGAUCGGUAAUAAUAAGGAUGACUUUGCCACCAAUGUAUAGGAUUUUACAGGAAUUUUAAAAGUGCCUGCAUCCUUAUGAAAGGUUUAUGAUAGUUCAUUUUUUUCCCUUUUUAUUUUAUUUAUUUAUCUUUGUUUUUAUAUCAGAAGCAGGUCAGUUACUUAAAGAGUCCUUCCAUUGUUUUUCUGGUACACAUUCAAUGUACAACACAACACAAUACAAAUACAGAGAUUACAAUAGUUUUAGUGAGAGGCAGUUUAGACUUGUCCACUAAGAUAUACACGCAUACAGGAAGGACCUCUUCAGUCAUAUUCCUGGCUUUUUAUUUCUAGAUAGAGGAUUUGUGAUUGAAGUCAGCAGAAGAUAAAGGAGUUAUUGGUGAUACUGGAUACUUAAAGAGGUAUUUAGGUUGUAUGUAUAAAUUGUAUGGACUUGCAGAUAUUAUUUGCAGUUUAUGUUUCUGUCUGUUAAGAGGAGAGUCGAUGGUACAGUAAUGCGUUAAAGGAAUUUUGAUAUAUAUGUGCCACAUUUCUGGGUAACAUCUUUAGUGUUACAUUAUUUUAUUUUUUAUCAAAAAAGGAUAUUGCUACAUGCUUUGAUGAUCUGGUCAGUCUGUUAAAAUGAUGUUAUUGAAUACUAAUAUGUAAUUGGUUUCACAAAAGUUUAUGUAAAUGAUUUUGAUAAGACAUUUAUUUUUUAGUCAUGUAAACACUUUUCUAAAUGUCAACUGUGUCUUUGUUUCUAGAAGCUAAUUGCUAGUCAAUCUGGAGGUAAUUUUUUAUAUUGUUGACUAACAUUAUUCAAAGGAAAGAUCAUUUCUAUCUUUUAACCAUAAAUGCAUAUCUCUUUAUAUGUAUUUCUCAGCCCUUUCCUUUCCUCUCCUUUCUCAAAAGUUUUUCCACCUAACAUUUUCUCAGAAGCUCAUAAGAUUUAAAAAGAUUAUGGACACGUUUGUCUGGAGAAAAGAAGGCCUGCCUUGGAAGCUUUGCAUUUAGUGUUAAAAUUUAAACUUUUAGCUUCUAAAUCCUUCUUUAGGAUAAUGUUUAAUUUCUUUUUCUUUGUCACCCUGGUAAUUCUGGAGGGACACUUGGAAAUUAAAUGGUUUAUCAAUGCAUUCUCAGACAUGGAAUUAUCCAAAGUCAGAAUUCAGGUGAAUGUAAGGGACAUGUCCAAAGAGGAACAUGUUUACUAAGCCAUAGGAAGAUGCAGUAAUGUGUUCAGUUUGUUUUUACCCAAUAUUAGACUCCAGCAGCUGACGCUUGAAUUCCCUCACAGCUGGGAGGGGCAUGGCCAGCUAGGAACCGAGGACCUUGCAGUUGCAAAGCCAGUGUUCUACAGCCAAGGUACACUAUCUCUACAAAAUUAUUAGUGGAAUAGUUGCAAUGAAUUGAUAAUUAGGAGUAGUUUAAGCAAGAUUAGUAUAAUUAUCCCCAACACUUUCCUGUUAAUGUGCCUUAAGUUGUUUGAGUUUUCCCUCCUGAAUAAAAAUAAGCAUAUUGUAAAUCAUUAGUUUAUGUGGAGACUGAAACGAAACGAUUGUUGAUUGUGAGAUUUUGUCCAAAAGGAGGAUCUAGUUGUUUGUUGUUUGGAGGAAAGUUUUUUGGCUUUGUAUCUUAAAUGUUGCAUGAAGAGUUUUUUAAAAUCUUAUACCAACCUUAAAGGAAAAAAAGAGAGGUCAAGGUAUAUUUUUUGAUGUUGCAGUUAUCAGAGAGCACUUAGUUAGUAUAUGUAUGACAAAGUUCUAGAAUAUAGCUUAGUCAAAAAAUGGUUUGGACCAUUAAUAAUUGAAGUGGAACAAGAUCUGCUGGGUAUUUCUCAUGCGUGAAGAAGCAAUUGGCAAUUGUUUCCAUGUUUGGGUUUGUUGGAUGUUUAUUCAAUUUUAUAGACCUUUCAGCACAUUGAUAUAAUAAUUUUUUUUCUAAGAAUACAGAUGUUUCAUGGCAUUCAUUUCAUUAGUUUUAAUUUUAACAUGGAUUUAGAUUAUGAUAUAGGUAGGAAGAUUAUCCUCUCCUGUGUUUUAUAAAAUUCACAAAAUUAGUAUUUUCUAGUUCUUGCAGAUUACUUGGGUCUUUGCAUUGUUCUUGAAUUUUCUCAGGGUGUCUUAUCCUAGCCAAUGUGGCAGUUGAUUUUCGGUUGAGAAGUCAGAGGAAAAAAAUAUAUUUCAGAAGAUGAAAUGGAUUAAUGUUAGUUGCUCUUAUAGGCUAGAAUGAUUAAAAGAACAUUUUAUAUGAGGAAGGAUAGGUUUCGUUAAUUGUAUAGAUUUUGCAAUUUUUUUACAUAUAUAUUCACAAACUGAUGCAAGUGUGUGAGGGUAGGAAUUUUAGCAUCGGCUUAAUGUGAAGUUCGACCAUACCUGGAAAAAAAAAAUUAUUAUUAUUAUUUCAUUUCUCCUCCCUUCCCCUACUUUUAUCAUUACUUUUUAUCUCUGUUUCAAGCUCACAUUGACUUACUUGAGCAAAAUAAGCCUGGGCCAAGUAAUUCACAGAACUACUAAGAACUUUUUAAAUCACAUUCACUAUAUGAAGAGACAUCACUACAUGCCUUUCCAGCUCAUUUCUUUAGUGUUAUUUCAGAGCGUGAUGAGGAAGGUCCUUUGUAGAAAUAUUACAAAGAGAAAGGAAGUGAGAAAAAAAAAUGGGUAGAGAUUAUUUUGGAAGACAUAUACACUAUUUUUUUUUUAACAGAUGGUGUGACUGGUAUUGGAAGGGUCAAUCUAAUGAGGAAUUUUUGAAAUUUAUAAUUGUUAUUAUCAGUAUCAUUGAUAUUGAUAUUAUUGUCAGAAAAGCAUUUGUAUAACUUUCUUUUUCCAUAUUUGAUAUAUGUUUAUUAUUAUUAUUGUUAUUAUUAUUAUUAUUAUUAUUAUUAUUAUUAUUAUUAUUAUUAUUAUUAUCUCUAAAUAAUUUGAUUCUAAGAAUCUCACAAUAAAUCACCAAAAACACUGAAUCAGUGCAGUUAACAUUGAUUUCAAUUGUAGAUACAAAAGAACCAAAGUUUUUUUUUUCAUAUGUGAUUGUUUUUGUUUAUUUAUUCACACAUGUAUAGAUUUAGUUUAUGCAAAUAUGUUUGCUUAAUUAACCAUUUCUACAGCUAACCAUAUUUAGCUUGCAUAGUUACCAUAAACCAGAUCUUUUUCACUUUUAUGCAGGAUUACUGUUUUGCUCAAUUUGUUAUGGUAUGCUUUGCCUAAGGGACAUUGAAUUUUCUGCUUAGAACAGCAUUUUAAAGCAAUAAGUUUAUAGUAAAAUGUUACUCUUAUAAGUACCUACUGCUAUUGCUAUUAUCAUUAUGAUAAAAAAGCAAAACUUCCUGGACUCUAGUCAGUUACUUUUAAACUGAAUGGUGCAUAUAUAAUUUAAUCCAAUAUUCAUGUGGCUAGUUUUUCUCGCUCUUUGCCUUUUCUUAAUUUUUUCCUUUCUUUUCUUUUUUCAUUUCCUUUUCUUAGAAGUAAAGGAGGUCACUCUCUUAGCAUUUUAGUUUUUAAGAUUAGCUGUUUUGAUAUAAGAUAGGUCUUCUCAUCCCUUGGAAUGGUACACCUUUUUUAUGGAAGUGAUGCAGUGAAUGUACAUCAAGCUUUGUAAUGUUUAAGGCAUAUUGUAUAAAUAAAUUUGAGCUUCCUUG